AUGCUAGCACCUGCGCCAGGUGAUGUGAGCUCUGCGGGGCGGUGGGGGCUGUGGGGCCGCCGGGGCUGGGCCCCCGACAGGAGGCCGCCGGUGAGCGCCCACACCGGCCCCUCCCGGCAGGGGGGUCCGGUCCCGGCAGGGGGGUCCGGUGAGGUGGUGUUCAGCAGCCCGGUGCCGGUCUGCUCUGAGAACCGGCUGCGCUGGGACCUGAGCCCGGAGCAGAUCCAGCAGCUCUCAGAGGAGCUCAUCUCCAACACCAAGAAGGUGUACGACUGCGUGGGCAGCCUGGAGCUGGACAGCGUGAGCCUGGACAACACCCUGAAGGCGCUGGCUGAUGUGGAGGUGGAGUACACAGUCCAGAGGAACAUGCUGGACUUCCCGCAGCACGUCUCUCCCUGUAAGGAGGUGCGGGCGGCCAGCACCGAGGCCGACAAGCGUCUGUCCGAGUUCGACGUGGAGAUGAGCAUGAGGGAGGACGUCUACCAGCGCAUCGUCGCUCUGGAGAAGAAGAUGGACUCUGAGCAGCUCUCUCCGGAGGCGAAGCGCUACAUGGAGCGGCUCAUCAAACUGGGGAGGAGGAACGGCCUCCACCUGCCCAAAGAGAACCAGGAGGAAAUCAAGAACAUCAAGAAGAAACUCAGCAACCUGAGCAUCGACUUCAGCAAGAACCUGAAUGAGGACACCACCAGCCUGUCCUUCUCCCGGGAGGAGCUGGGUGAGCCAGCGCUGAGCUCCAGCUGA